GGUUUUCAGAAGAGACGUUCUCUCUCCUGGGAAAUGCCCAACGAUCACCAGGACCAGCAGUGUCUGCAGCCAGAGGAACCUCUGGGGAGCCGCGCAGUCUUCAAGAUGGGCUCCUGGUACAACUCGUCCUCCUCGCGUCUCCUCAACGGCCUGUGCUGCACCUGCGCGUUAUUCCUCGUCAUCAUCAUCAUCCUCAUCGUGUGUCUCAGGAACCCGAGCGUGAAAGAGCCGGAUCGGAGCUUGGAUUAUAAGAUCGGUAACCUGAGUGUGGAUGUGAACUCACGAGUGGAUCGCUUGUCUCAGGACGACACAAGACUGAUGGACAAGCUAAAAGAUGUUGAGGCGUCUCUACAAAAGAUGGUGGCUGCAAGUGCUAAAGACACGCUGGAGAGGGACAUGCAGAGAGUGCUAGUGACCAUGGCAAAGCUGCUGGAACGGGUGAAGACGCUCCAAGUUAACGGCUCCAAAGAGGAUUCCUGCCCCUUGGGAUGGGCGUACCACAUGCUCAGCUGUUACUACUUCUCCAAGAUAGGCAAAUCCUGGGAUGAUUCCAAAAAACUGUGCGAAGAGGAUAAUUCUCACCUGGUGGUUAUUAACACUGAGGAGGAACAGGAAUUUGUUUCCAUGCUUUCCAAGCGGCAGUUUAUGUGGAUCGGAUUGACGGAUGUUGAUGGGGAAUGGAAAUGGGUUGACGGGACCAAGUAUGACUCCGCCCCAAAGAAUUGGAUUGUCGGUCAGCCUGAUGAGUUUUACGGCCACGGACUCGGCGGCGGGGAGGACUGUGCCCAUCUACACUACAGUGGCGAGUGGAACGAUGACCACUGCUCCCGCCAGUACAAAUACAUCUGUGAGAGGGAAGUCUAAACGAAA